CGGGCUGGAGCAGAGUCUCGUGUCCGCGGGUUUCUAUAGGACCUCCAGCGCGCGCUCCGCUUUCGGCACGGCGAGCGUCACGCGCGUCUCCGCCUGUGAACUCGGAGCUCGUGCGGCCGGUUUUCCUCUUUUCCUCUUCUGUUCUUUUUUCUCUGGCCGCUGAACACUUUUUCAUCUUUUUUUUUUCACCCCCCUCUUUCUCGGAUCUAUACCGCUCGCGCGGAGAGUGUGCGUGCUACGUGGAGUGCGUGAGGGAGCGUGUGCGCGCGCGUGUGAGUGAGCGUGUGGAGAUGUGGCGCGCGAGCAGACCGCGGCUGGCCCAGCUGCGCGCCUCCUUUUUCCGACUGCUGUGUCUUCUGCCCGCAGGAGUGUCAGUGCGGAGCGCGGACAUGCAGCGCGCGACAGACAACAUCACCAUCAGACAGGGGGACACGGCCGUCAUCAGGUGUUACGUGGAUGACAAGGUCUCCAAAGUGGCCUGGCUUAACCGCUCCAACAUCAUCUUUGCCGGGGAGGAUAAAUGGUCCCUGGACCCUCGCGUGGACCUGGUGACCAAGGGCCAGCUGGAGUACAGUCUUCGCAUCCAGAAAGUGGACGUGUAUGACGAGGGGCCCUACACCUGCUCCAUCCAGACCAAGCAGCAGUCCAAGACCUCCCAGGUCUACCUCAUCGUCCAAGUUCCCGCCAACAUAUACAGAGUUUCGGAGGACAUCACUGUGAACGAAGGCAGCAAUGUCACGCUGAGCUGCCUCGCUAACGGCAGGCCAGAUCCCUCCAUCACCUGGAGGCUGCUCAAUCCAUCAGCAGAGACUCUGGAGGUGGGCGAGUAUUUGGAAAUUUAUGGAAUCAUGCGCACUCAGGCCGGACGCUACGAGUGCAAAGCCAGCAACGACGUAGCAACGCCUGAUGUCAAAUACGUCAAUGUGGUCGUCAACUAUCCACCUUUCAUUAAGCUUGCUAAAAGCUCGGAGACGCAGAUGGGCCGUUUGGGUGUCCUGCAGUGUGACGCCACAGCCGUGCCUAAACCAGAGUUCGAGUGGUACCGAGACGACAAGAGGCUAUCUAAUAUGCAGGGCAUCACCAUUCAGAUCGUUGGUACUCGCACCCUUUUGCUGGUAGCCAACGUCACAGAAGAUGAUUACGGAAACUACACCUGUGUGGCCACCAACCGACUGGGAAGACACAACGCUAGCGUGUUCCUUUACAGACCUGGAACUGGACGGGACAUCAACGGCUCAGCAUGCAUCUGUCUGUCCAUGUGGCUCCUCGUGCUGCCCCUCCUCCUGCCUCUACUCAAUUGUUAAUACUCAGCGCUGCAGUCUUUCACCACCACCUUUCUCUCUUUCUCUUCCUUAUUCUCUCUCUCUCUAACCCUCUCUAUCCCUCUCUCUCCUCUUCUCUCUCUCUCUCUCUCUCUCUCCCAGACUGUUUGCAUUACCAUCCUGAACGUACCGUGCCUCAAAGCACGCAAAACUAGGUACACUUACAAUUCAAAAAGAGGAACGGGACGGGCUGUUAACGUGUGGCAGUGUUGAAAAAGUACAAAAAAAAAAAGAAAACUAAAAAAGAAAGGAAUCCGAAACCGGAGAAGAAGUAGAAAGAAGGCAGUGCUCUUUCUAAGACAUGAUAAUUGUUAUCUUUACUUGUCGAAUCCCCGUUUUCCACUGUCCUGGAGGUUUUUUUUGUUUUUUGUUUUUUUUUUUAUUCCAGGUUUUUAGUUUGGCUCGCCUCUUCUCGCGCCAUCCUGAGAACUAGCAGAGCAGAAAACUUGCACAUUAGCGAGAGUUUGGACUCUCAGCCGCGUCGCUCAACAAUCAUCCAGAUAUCCAGAGCGCUAAACUUUGAUAUUGUACUCUCCGAUCUUUACAGAUGUCUUCGGUAUUUGCCAAAAUGUGUAACGUAAGCAAUGCAGAGAGACGCUAGUAAAGGAACAAAAUACGAAAAAAGAAAAAAAAAAGCUCCCGUUUCUCAGCAGGAAGACAUAUAAGCUACAGCAACCAGCGCUAAAAGCAUCACCAAAUGGAAAACAGCCAGUUACCCCACUUUCGGAGCAGCGUAGAGUUAGCGCACUGAUCACGAUUCGCAAGCCGGACACCAAAUCUUACUGCAGUUAGUUUGCUAGCGUGCUAAAAUACGUAGCUGGGGGUCUACUAAGGGUCUGUGUGAGUUAGCUUAGCCAGCUAGCAGCAGAGUACCACACUCAGUUUCAUGGUUGGCCAGCUCUGUGCUAACAAAGGUGCUAGCUCCAUGCUAAAUGAGCAGUUUCUGCUGAAGAGGACGGUUGGGCUGAGCCUAGACUAAAGUCUAAAGCACCGGUCAGGAACCGAGCAGGCUGAGAAAAACCCGAUCAGCACAACGGAACCGCUCACUCAGACGUAGCCGGUUAGUCAAAACAAAUCGGGCAAGUAUGUAGCUCAGCCCCAGAUAGCGAGCGCCGGCUAAGCGGACAUCGGUUCGCUGGCGUCAGGACCACACUUCACUGCUGGUCCGACCUCGGACCACCCAGAUUACUGUCCUGCACACAAGAUCAUACCAGCUUUUAAUCUCCUCCAACAAAUCUUUUAGUUUUGGAAAAUAUACUAAGACAAUUAUUAUUAAAAAUUGGAGGAGGGGGGAUAAUUAAUAUCUACACCCAAUGAAAGUAAUUUUGCUGAAAAUGCUGUGCUACAGUUGUUUACAGCUGUAUAACCAGCUUUCUUCACGAUACCACUGUUAAAAUCACUUAUUACCCCCAUUUAUGAUCAAUAAAUGAUAACAAAAGAAAGAAAUUAAGGCAAAAUAACACUCUAGCUUAACGACUGGUGGGCCCAGAAAGCGCUGAGCACGAAGCUGCCAGCGGACCACCAGCUUUUGGGCUAACAGCGGCAUGAUAAGUUGUACUCUUGCUAUCUGGGGCAAUAAAAGCUGUAAAAACAAACUUGAAAUGCCUCCGUUUAGUCCAUUUUUGGUUGAUAACUGUGUCUAAAACCACAAAAGCAAGUCUACGUUACCAGCUCACUGUGGUUUGAAGCAAGUCUGUGAAGAUUUAGCCACACAGCUAAGUUUUUGUGCUACGUUAGCCUUGUAGCUCCAGAUGAAGCUACAGAGGCAGGAAAGCUGAGGCACCUCAGCUGAUCGACUACAUUUGCAGUGAAGGGAAAGUUGUGAAAAUGUGUUUAUUAUUAUUUUGGUAGUCAAAGCCAGCAAACCUGCUAGCCCUGCUGUUCCUGACAGGAGCUUUAGCCUGUUAGUUACAGUGCAUCGUGAUCGUGUUCAAAAUAAAAGUCUCUUGUUUCUCCGCUCCAUGACACUGUCCUCUGGUGAGGGGACGGUAAGAGUGGCCAGAAAGGACGGCGCAUGCCAAGAGAAGCUGAUCGUUGAAUAUAUAUAUAUAUAUAUAUAUUUUUUUUUUCAUCUUCUUUUAAGUGAAACCAGUGGUCUGUCGUCAUCUCUACACUUUAACAAGAGGCUUGUUGAUCUCGAUUGUCAACGCCACACCACUUUAACUGGUCUUUUAGGCAGGCGGGGCGGUUUCUGGUCACUAAUUCUUAACUGUGAAAAUCUCCCGGCUUGUUUUUUGUUUUUUUUCUUUCCCCUCCUCCUCUUCCAUCCGCUCCCCAUCCGCCAUUCGUGGACUAUGUACCAUCCAGCUAAUGUGUGCGUGACUCUAGACUGAAAUGUAUGACACCAAUGAAUGCUUUUGCUUGUUCUUCUGUUGUUUUUAUUCUUCUUUUCUCCUCUAUUCUCUGACAGAAAGCGGAGUGUUUUGUUGUUUUGCUUUAUUUUUCUUCUGUUCGUCCAUUACAAUUAACGUUGUGUAUAUAUCUACUUGAAUCCAUUGUCCUUAAAUAUAUAAAUAUAUAUAUAUAUAUUAAAAAAAAAAACAAUAAUAAUAAUGAUAAUAUAUUACGUCCAUGUUUCUUAAUAGGCUAGUGAAUUUGUUGAGGAUUAACUGUAAGUAAAACCGAUUAGGGUACGAAGAUUUUUAUUAUCGAGAAUUUAACACGGUACUAUAACCUGUGGGAAAACGGAUAGAGUUCCCUUUUUAAUUUCCUUUUUCCUUUUGUCUUUUUUUUUUUAAUAUAUAUAGAAUGUAAAUCUCCAUUAUGGAGGUGUUAGCAUUGAAAUGGGAAUACCUACACGCUUGUUGCCAAAAGUUAAAGUGGAAAAAAAAAUGAAAGAAGAAAUUGCGUUAGAUAAAAAAUGUCCUCACUUAUGACCGGCGUUUAUGUUUCGUAUCACGUUUAAAUGCGAGCGUUACGUACAUAUUAUACUUUCGAUGUGCGCAUUCAGGUUUGGAUGGCCAGGUUUGGAUAUUUGAUCCUGGAUUCUCUCUUUAAAUCUCUCUUCUCUCAAGACCCACCCACACCCAAGGCCUCUCGAGUGACUGAUCACUCAGUGAGCUGCCCGGCGGCUGAGUUUUAAUGCCUUGUUACGACCUCCCGCUCACCUGCUGUGUGUGUGCGUGAUCUUCGUCACAGUUUAGAGUAGGCUAGGCUACAUGCUAAAGCGGUCAGCGCAUGAAGGGCUAGCGAUCUCCUUUAGACCAGUUUUCCUCCGCCAAAUAUCCAAGGUUUUGUCCUUCAGUCUUGAAAAGGCCUUUCGGUAGCGAUCAGAUCCUCCUGCUCUAAACUGUGACGGGCGUGUAUUGUAGCUGAAUGCCAAUGUACAGCUGUCACUGCUGUCUAUAUGUUUGAUUCCAUGUUAAUACUUACAUAAGCUAUAAAAUCAUCUACUCCACGGCUGUGGUUGCAAGCCAGGAUGUCCAGCUAACAACGAUUGCUUUGUGUGUAGCCUUCCACCAUCCAUGUAGUCCAUUUCCUUUCGAUUCUUCUGGAUUUCUUGCACUCGAAGCAAAGAUUCAGGAGGUUUGGUUUUCCUUUUCAUUUGUAUAUGUGAACCUUAUUCGGCUAGGACUCUCCAGAAAGGGAAUGUCGUACUCGGACUUCUCAUGUCAGUAGUAAAUUCCAGAAACUUUUCCGCAAACUCUCAUUUCAAUGCAAUGAACAUUUUAUAACGGCUUUGGUUUAUUCUAAGAUUACUGCAAUCGAUUUCUAAAAAUCUUAUGUACUGUAAAGUACCCAUGAAAUGUUCAAUGAAAAAUGAAAUAAAGUCAUUUGAAUUUGA